AGAUGACAGUAUUAGUUGACACUGGCAUUUAAUUGUUGACGGUGAUGACUAAAGGAAAAAUUUUCAUCGAGUCAUAAAAAUAGACGUCUUUUAAUUAUCAUUAGGUUUUUUAAUUGUGAAGGUGAACAAAAACAACUAGUGUAAUUGUAAACUUUCAAUGUGAUAGUUUCUGAUGCAUCGUAUUUUGGUAAUAGUGAAAAAAUAAUAUUCUAAACAAUGGAAGAAAUAAUGGAAAUAGAUUCUUAUUCAUGCGAAACAUUGAAUAAAAAUUCUAAAUAUCAGAAAGAAAAUGUUUAUAAUAAAUUAUUACCUUACGCUGAGGAACUGGAAGGAGAGUCCGCAAAAUUAUUUGAGGAUAUUAAGAGCAAUCUUGUGAAAUCUCUACUGGCUAGAGAAAUGAGACCUGGCUGUGCCUUAUGGACAUCUAGGUUGAUGAAGUAUAUAAAAAUUUAUGGAUUGAAAUUCUCAAAAGAAAAUCAUAUUACUUUAAUCAAGUUAUUCUAUGAAUUAGUUAUCAUUCCAGACCUAGAACCUACUAGAAUUAAUAAAUGGGCAAAUACUUUGAUCCAAUUAUUGAAAAAGAAAUACUUGCUUACUAGAGACGAUUUGCAAUUAGAUUGGAGACCUUUAUAUGACUUGUGUAUAAAGAUAACUGAAAAGAGUAAAACUGGAAUAGGAAUGUAUAGAUAUGCUUCUAACUUUGAGAUGACAAUUUUUCAUCUUAUAAGAUUAUGUAAGGUAUAUUUUCCGGCUUCGGCCACUCAAGAUAUUUUGGAUGAAUUCAGACCAAGAUUAUGUGUUUUUAAUCAAAGUGAAAUGACUACCACAAUUAGAUAUCUAGAGUUAUUUCUGCCAAAUAGUAUGAAGUUGGAAGAAGCAGAUAUUAGUUACAAAUUGUGGUUUGAAGAGUUAAUGAAUAUCUGGGAUACAUGCCAGGAUGAUAGCUCAUGGGAAAAUAGUAUGAUGUGGAUAAUGACAGGCCUCGCAAGAUUUCAAGUAGGUCGUGUGGACUGGCAACCUUACAUCCCAAAUAUGUUUGUUAGGUUUCAAAGAACCUUUCAAUUACCUGUAGCCUUCAAACAAAGACAUAUGGGUAGAUCACAUAAAAUUGACAUUUCUGCAAUUGCUAUGUGGAUAGUGUGUGUUUUAAAUGGGGACAAGAAUGUAGCUUUUUUUCAUUUUGAGAAGUUCAUGCAAAGCUUAGAAUCUUAUUUUUACCCUGCCAAUACUGGAAGGUGGACUUCAAAAUUGAGAGAAUUAUUAAGAAUGUUGUCGUUUUAUUUUAUACAAAGGGUUCAUUGUGAAAGAUAUAAAACAAAUUCUUGGGAAUUCCAAGUACCUGAUCAUUUUAAACUUACUGAAGAAGAUGUAGAUAGAUUUGUAAAUAUAAUGAAACCAUGUAUAGAACAGGCCCUGUAUAAUAGAGCGGGAUUACAUGAUACCAGUAUAACACUUCAAUAUCUUUCAUGUCUAAGACCAAAUAUUAUCAUUCCAAUGACUUUGGAAAAAUUGUACUCAUCAAUGAAUAGUUUAACAGAACCUCAUAAGUUAACUUCUUCUAUGAUAGCAGUGAUUGCAUGCGGAAGGUACAUGGUGCAAGGUAGUCGUAACAACUAUCCAGAAGGUCCAACGCACAUAAUUCCACUAUUAAUGGAACUUCUUCCUGGAAUAGAUCCAAAUGAUAUUAGAAAAUCUUAUGUAACAUUCAAUUUCAUCGUUCAUUUCGUCAACAUGAUUCCUUUAAUUGAUUCAUCUGGAGCAAGUACUUACCAUGAUUUGACAGAAGAGGAACACAUUGUUUGUGAAGCUUCGGCCAAUUUCGAAGAUUUCGUUUUACAGUUUUUUGAUAAAUUGUGUGUUUGGAUGGAAUCAAAUAGUUUAGAUUUCAUAAGGUUGGAACAGAUGACGAAUAAUGAAAACAUUAAGAAUAGAGUCGAAACUAUUUCAGAAAGUGCAUUGGGAUCUGUGAUUGCAGUUGUUUUGAAUCAGUGCUCUCCUACUAUUUUCAAGAGUGCCUUAAAGAAAAUUUACAAUUUUGUUACAAGCAAAGUAAUGGAAGUUCAUGUUUCUGGUAAGAUGUUAGCUAUUGGAUGCCACUGCUUUGCAAAAAUAAACCCAAAAGAAACUUUAAAACAAUUUUUACCGUAUUUAUGUGAAAGAAUAGAAGAGCUCUUGAACGAAAAUCCAAAUAUCCUUAAAGAAGAACAUAUUGAUGAUGAACUACUAUAUAAUUUGUUAAUGUUGUCUGAAUUAGUUGACGGACGAUCAGAAAUAUUGAACUACAUGGAACCAUUAACGAGAAUAUUGGAUAAAACUCUGCAUAUGACAUGUCAAAGUGCAAGCCAGUUAUCGGCUAGAAUGCUAGAACUUAUGAUGUCAUCCUUAACUAAUAUUCAACCGACUGAAGCUAGAAGCUGUUCAAUAGAUUAUUCAACGCCAGUUAAAGACUUUUUAGCUAUUAGAGAAUGGGGUAAGGCGCAAGAAAUUAAGGACCUAAAAAUAUCCUGGUACGUUCCAGGUAUGAAAGAAGUCGAAGCAGCCCAAAAUUUAUUGGCCAGAUAUUUAAUGCCGGAAUUGGAGAAGCUAGAAAAAUAUUCUAACGGAGAAGAAAAUUUUACGAGACACGAAUUGAAAAGGUCCCUAAAAAUUAUCAUUUCCAUUUUAUCGUGUCAACCCCUCUUACCCAUGUGGGAAGAAGACGUCAUCCCAUUAGUAGAAACAGUACUGGAACCAUGGACUUUCAAUCUCAAAGUUAGUGGAUGUGGAACUGUGACAAUGCCCGAUGGUUCCAAUGUUCGAAAAGCUAUUGUUACUAUUUUACAUAAGUUGCAAAAACGAUUAAUGGAAGUGGAUGAAGGUGAUACACAAAGUAUUCAGAACAUUAUCAACAUUUACAAUAUAAUUUUGUUCAACAAAACACGUGGUCAAGAUUUUGAGUUUCAUUGGAAAAGUUUUCAUAUGACGAAAAAACUGUUAGAAGAUCGUUUACAUCAAAAAAAACUUCAUUUGCGUCAUUUGUUAAUUGAUAGGGUGAUGUUGCAACAAGAAUUUCGAAUUGAAAGCAGAAACUGUUCUUUUACGGAGACACACCGAAUGUUAAUGUUGGAUCUUUUCGAGUUGAGCACGUCUAGAUACAGUGAAGUGAGGGUGGCAGCUCAAGCUAAAUUAUUCUCAAUAGUUUCUUAUUUCCCUUAUUCGUAUUCAGUACUAACCGAAAAAAUAACGGAAAUUCUCCAGAUGGAUUCAGAAAAAAAUCACGAAAAAUUCAAAGGUUGUUUGUAUAUAUUAUUGGGGCCUAAAGGUUCUCCAAUAAUUGCCAGACAUGAUUGGAAGUUUAUCGAACAAUUAUGGCCCCUCAUCAUUAGGUCCAUGCCAUCGGAGAAACCGUCUAUUAUUAAUUUGAUCAUGGCGUUAGGUGAGGCUGUCGAUAAAUUUUUUCCAACAAUUGCCAUUAAUUUAGUAAUACCAGAAAGUGCGAUAAAAUUAACUUACGAUUUGGCUAAUAAUGAACCAGUGUGUGACAUGAAUCAAUUUGAUCAAUUAGAGGCAAAUGGUAAAGAAUAUAUCAAAAGAAGAAGUGAAGAGAGAAGAGCUGCUUAUAAUGGAACAUUAAAUGCCUUAAUGGACUCUCUUGAAUCAGGAAGUUUACAUUGGCGAUACCAUCAAAUGGCUAUCAAUUUUAUCAAGGAUCUUGUCCACAGAGAUGUGAAAUAUAGUCCAAGGAUAGUGAAAUUUUUCCUAAAAUCAUGUAUAGACGAUUCAUUAUUAGUUAGAAAAACUUCUUUAAAAAUUCUCGUUUAUAUUUUGGUUCAGAACAAAUCAAUAUAUACAAAAAUUGAAAUAGAUCCGUUUUCAUUUGUCAAACAAACUGUGAUUAACAGAAAAGUUAGGCCUGGUAUACGACAAGAAAACCAGUGGUUAAUGUAUAGCAGUGAGAAUAUCCCAAAAAAUUCUAAAGACUGGAAUGAACCAAGGUAUGUUCAUGAUCAAUACACAGGAUACUACAGCUGGCCGAAAUCUUUGGAAGUAUAUGAUUCUUCUUCAAAACAAGAAACUGCUGCUAAAAGACUGAAUAAUUUAACAGAAAUAGAAAAAGAUAUCUUAGAAUUUUAUACGAACGAAGAAAAUUUAGAAAAACUCAUUAAAUUUUUAUCUUUGGAGGAAAGAAAAGGCCGGGAUCAAUUCAACGCCUAUAGAUUUUUUGCAUUUAAGAACUUAUUUAAAAUGUUUGAAGACGUAUUAUUACCUUAUUUUUUACCCCAUUUGAAGAGACUAGUUGAAGAUAAACUAGAAUCUAGCCAAAGAUGUGCGGCAGAAAUUAUAAGCGGUAUAAUACGAGGAUCAAAACAUUGGGAGUACGAAAAAGUAAAAAAUCUCUGGUCUACACUCCUGCCUUUACUAGAGAGGGCGAUAGUCAAUAUUUCAACUGAAACACAAACCGACUGGGCUUUGUGUAUUACAAUGGGACUCGAAUCUCGAGAUCCAAACAGACAUCAUUGGCUGAUUGAGUAUUUUCUACAGGAUCCACUAAAAGAUCCCACAAUUUUAGUAGCUUGUACCCGUCUGCAUUUACUAUUUGUGGCCAUAAGUCAACAAUCAUGGCGAAAUACAGAAAUAUCUGGUCGACUUCUGGAGUACCUUCAACCGCAUUUAGCUCAUCAGUUCAAAAAUAUUCGUGAACGAAUAUCAGCUUUAUUAGCCGUUACUUUUAGCAAUGUGGGGCAAGGCGUUGAUGAUGGAACUGGAGAUGGCUACUCAAAAAUGAAGAAGUUUUUUGAGAUGGUUUCGCCAAAACUGAAAUGUUUAUUAGAUAUGUCUUUAGCAAAAAUAGAUGAAGAAAAUAAAGACACUGCGUUAGAAACUGAUAGCAAAAAUGAAGAAAAAGAGUCUCUGAUUAGGUUAUUUAAAGUAGUUUCUAAAUUCGUGAUGACAUACAUGGUUCGAAUGAACUACUUUGCGCGAAAGGAAUUCCUCGAACUAAUACCUUUAGCUGCGUUAUUUCAAAAUAACGAAGCUGAUGAGGAGCUGGCAACAUUGUCGACUAAUUUAUUAGUGGUAUUGUCAGAAACAGGUACUUCUCCCAAGCACAUUCCGGAUGCUAUAGAUGUCAUUAAGAGAGUUUCCAGAUGCCCGUCAUGGUCAGCCAGGGCAAUAAUUGCAGAAUUUUUACCUAUUUAUACGUUUUACAACAUGGCCGCUAUUAAUUCAAGAAGGGAGUGGGUUUUGGAAAUACAAUCUAUAGUACUGGAAUUAUUGGAAGAUCCUCGACAUGAAGUUAGAAUUCAAGCUGCUAAAGAUUUGAGUGGUUUAUUACACUGCCAGUUCAUUCCAGAACCAAGUGAAUUAUUGACUCAGUUCAAACAAAAAGCCAAAACUAAAUACAAGAAAAAAGAUGCUGCAGCUUCAACAAGUAAUAAUAUAAAAACCAAGCAUGCCGCAGUUCUUGGAUUAUGUGCCUUUAUAGAAUCCCAUCCUUACGACGUACCUGAUGAUUUACCAGAAAUUUUUCAACAUCUUAGGCCCCAUCUUAGUGAUCCACAACCCAUUCCUGCAACAAUCCGUAAGACUUUAGGAGAUUUUAAACGAACUCAUCACAAUAAUUGGGAAACGCAUAAACUUAAAUUUACAGAAGAAGAGCUUUGUCUACUAAGCGAUCUAACGGUGCCCCCAAGUUAUUAUGUAUAGCAAUAUUAAUUUUUUGAGAAACCAAUUUAAUUCAAUUUUGUGAUAUAGUGAGGAAGAAAAGGUAUAUAUUCAUGUUGUAAGUACGUCAUGCUACAGAAAAACCAACGACAAACUAUUUUAAUAAAAUAUAUUAUUUAUAACAUCACUGUUACUAAUAUUAGUGUCUAAAAAAAUACCAGGUUUUAUUACUAAAACAAUAAUGCAGUGUUUUAGAAAUUAACUGAACUAUCGAAGAUAGUGUGCGUUCAUUGGAGAUGGAAUCUUUUCUUAUUAAAAUUUAGAUUUAAUUACUUUUCACCCUCCAGCUCAAAAAUUAUAUACGAUAUAAAAUAAUAUUUUAAUCAGACUAAUAGUUGUCAUUCUACAUUCGGACAAUCAAAUGAAUUGAGAAAAGCGAUUUUUUUAUGUACUUUGCAUAAUGAGGCUAGAUAAUCAUUAAAAACAACAAUUAUUUGAAAAAAAUGAUGUAAGUGAUACAAAUAUAUAAUAAUUGACAAAAAACAAUCAAUAUUUCAUGCUAAGCAAAUGAUUUGGAACAUAAUGGUCAUAAUAAUAUUUAUUGGUAUUGCUUAAGAAUAGAAAUACAAGUUUAGUUGACUACACAAUUUACUUGUGACAAAUCCAAUUAAAUAAUGUAAUGAAAAUCGGUACCUGAACAUACUAUACCGUUCACUGUAACCACUACUCCAACACUCACAAUUACACUGUCUGAUCCCCCUGUUUCGAUAACCAAGUUAUCGUCUUCAGAGACGGAGUACCUUUGAUCUGUGAACUGAUGUAGUGGUAGUAAGUAGUAUGUUAUUCAUUAAGAAUAUCAUUAAUAGUUCCACACAUUCCAACCUUGUUUAAACAAAAUUCAAAUUGGAUAAACACAUUUUUCUGUAGGGUGGCAGAAAUCGACAUGACACCUGAUUUAACUUUUUUAUCGGUGACGGCUCGUUGAAUCAUGGAUUAAUCAUAAUUGUAGAUACUGGUGUACUUGUAGUCUUAUAAGAAAUUGGUUUCUUAUGAGUUUUAUCCAUGAUAUAAGUACACUCAUAAUUGCCUUUAGUUCGAAGUUUUUCAAUAAUUUUACAAUAUUACAAAGUAUAUUUUUAUACAAAGGAAGGAGAAUGGACGCGUACUAUUAAAUUACCAACUGACUCCAAUUAUCUACUAAGAGUGGUAGAGUACAGGGUAAAUUGAAAGCUUUCUUAUAAGUCAUUGUUGUUUAAAAAUGAUUAUUGAGCUGUUAAAAAUAUUGAAUUUGAACUUGGAUAAGACUAAUUUCUAAAAUAAAUUAUUAAGAAUUAGCAUAUACUAAAUUUCGAUAUAAGUUGUAUAAUUUUUAUUAUAGAAAAAAUUAAUGAUUGGCUUAACGCUGAUUAGUGAUCAUGAAUGAGUUGAAAAUCACAGAUUGAAUUUUAGGGUUUACUAAUCCUCCUCCUAUAUCUGCAUACUUUGUAUACUUUCUAAUCAAAUGACACUUUUAUUUGAAAUCAUAUUUUUAUAAAGCAAUAUAUUAAUGAUAUAUUUUAAAUAUAUAACUAUUUGUUUUUGUUGUGUAUUUUACCUAAAUAUUUUUAGUAAAAUUAUUAUCUUCUAAAAUAAUCCCUGAGUUUUUGACCGUUUGCAAAAUACCUUUUGUUUUUGCACUAAUGUUUUUUAAAAGCAAAGAUUUGUGAAAAUAAAUGCGUAAAGUAUGAAACACAUUCACUAGAAUUCAUCCAGUUUUUUUGCAACGUGUAAAACAAAGGCGGAAUAUUCACAGAUAUUUUUGAAAUAGUCUGUAAUUCCAAAAACACAAAUGUGUUAACAUUCAGCAAAUUAAAUAUAAUAAUUGACAACGCCAAACACACCAAAGUGACACAUUUAGAUAUUUUGAAUAAUUGUUGCAAACACACUCAGUUGUCUAUUUUCUCAUAUACUUCUUUAGAAAUAUAUCCAAGAAAAGAAAUUUGAUUAUUUAUCAAAUAUUUGGAAUUUAUUUUAUCGGUCCCAUCGCACAUAACGAGCCCUCACUGGUUGAAUGACGAAUUUCAAAGAAAAAACUUGUUUAAGUAUAUUUUUACCUCUGUUUUGUGUUUGAUUAGUAAAUUAAGAUCUAAUAUAAUAUCACUUUUUUUAAAAUUAUUUUAUUACUGUUUGUUCAUCAUAGUAUUUUUCUGUUUUAAAAGGUUAAGGUUCUUUAUUAUAAUAGCAAACAAAAAUGUAGUUAUAUUGCAAUGUUUUAAUAAAAAGUUUUUUAAUCCA